UACAAGCUUUUGCUGUCUAAUGCUCUUUUAUCGUCUCAAACCCGUCACUCAGAUCUGUGCAACACGGCAACCAGCAAUUGCUGCUUUGAUAGAUUUUCAAUUUUGGUUGAUUCUCCUAACUGGAUUAGGUUGAUUUUCUUCCUAUAUCCAGUCAAUAGCUUUCUACAGUUUAUUUCUUGAAAUGUUAUGACAAUCAAGAUAAGGCGGUAUGGCUAAGACUUCAGAAGAGGUUCUGUUGAUCAUAAACCAUGUUCGCCACAAGAAGAUGGAUGGUUCACUUUAUUUGAUGGGGGAGCGACUCGCCUGGAUGCAAGUGCACAAAAAUUCCUUUAGUAUAAGCCAUCCAUACUCAGACAUUAAAGUACAAAAAAUUUCCCCUGGUUCUAAAGAGAAAGUUCAGCUACAGAUUUUGAUGCACGAUGGCACAGCCAACACGUUCCACUUCAACCAUUCGCAGGGUCGUGAAGCGCAAAUCAGGGACAGAGAUGCUAUUAAGGAACUUCUCCAGCAAUUAUUACCACAGUUUCGACAGAAGGUUAACAGUGAGUUGGAGGAGAAAAAUAAACUUUUGCAGGAAGAUCCAAAACUCUUUCAGCUCUACAAAGAUCUUGUUGUUAGCCAGCUGAUGUCUGCUGAAGAAUUCUGGGCUAACCAUUCAGCAAAAUUUUCUAAUUCUAAUAAUGAUAAGAAUCAAACUGUUGGUGUUUCUGCUGCUUUUUUAGCAGAUAUCAAACCACAGACUGACGGAUGUAAUGGACUCAGAUACAACCUUACACCAGAUGUUAUAGAAUCAAUUUUUAAGACUUAUCCAAUGGUUAAGAAGAAACAUGCAGAAAAUGUUCCUCACAAAAGUUCAGAAAAUGAAUUUUGGACCAAGUUUUUUCAAUCCCAUUAUUUUCACCGUGAUCGCAUCAAUAUUGGUAACAAAGAUAUGUUCUCAGAAUGUGCUAAAAAUGAUGAAGACGAGAUCAAACAAGACAUAGAUCGUAAUGUGUGCAAUCCGUUCUUGGAUUUAACUCAGAUCAAAGAUACAUCCUUGGGAGAGGGUUAUGGUGCCAUGAAUGAGGAGAGGCAGACCAGCACAAAUCUGGCUAAUCUUUCAAUAAUACGACGCUUUAACUACCAUUCCACAAUGGUGCUCAAAACUUGCCAAGCACAAAGCCGGGAGGCAGCAGCAGCCAAUGCUUCUGGUGAUGUCUCUUCAACCAGCCUUAAUGGCAGUGACCAAACUGCCACAAAAUCAAAACCGAACCCUUCUGAAGCUAGUGACCAGCCAACUGAAAAGAAGGCUCGAAUCAUGGAGAAGAUUCACUACACAGACCUUGAGGAAGACAUUAGCUCAUCUGCAACUUCAUUAAGUUUGACAAAAAUGGAGCGCUAUCUGCAUGGGCCAACACCUAUAUCAGCAUCUCUAUAUUCAACCAAUGACAAUGUCGUUCAGGCAGCUCAGAUGGUUCACCAGAAAUUGCCUCAUUGGUUACCAGCUUUGUCUCAGGUUCUUCCAGUUCAUUUAGCUCUCAGUGUGUUGGGAGAACUCUCUCCUGGUGGAAGUUUGAUGCAAAGAACAAGUCAGCAAGAUCUACAACAAAUAAUUCCUGUUGAUACUCAAGAAGAACUCCAACAGAUCUACAGUGCAUUGUGUGAACUAUUGAGACACUUUUGGUCCUGUUUUCCAGUAUCUUCCAAGUUCUUAGAAGAGAAGGUUGUCAAGAUGAAGACAACUUUGGAGAGAUUCCAUAUCAAUAAACUGAACACAUUCAAAGAACAUUUGAUUAGUCAGCAUUAUUCCAUUAAUCUUACUGGCCACAUGGAGGAGAUGCUAAAUGCUGCAUAUAACAAAUUUGAAACUUGGCAGAGCAAACGCCUUACCAAGAGAUGAAACCAUACAGUUUAGGUAUAUUGUACAGUGUAAUGAUUUAUUUAGUGAUGGUGGUGGUGGUGGAAAUGGCAUCUGGGAAUCAUUCUGUCCACCAAAAUAACCACCACCACCACCACUACUAACAACAAUACUAUCAUUUGGUGAUAGGGUGGGGAGUGGGGAAUUAAUCUGUCUACCUUCACUACCACCAUGAAAGCCAACAGCAGCAACACUAUGUCAAUAUUAUUAUUUGGUAGUGGUGACUGGAAAUUGUUCUGAUUGCCACCAUCACCUCCACCACUUUUACCAACAACUGUUAUAUUUGCUGGAGAUUGUGAUCAGAAAUCCUUCUGUAUCUACCCCCUCUCCCCCAACCCCCACUCCGCCACCAACAACACUACUUUGUUUGCUGCACUUUUUAAUAACAUUUCAUUGAAUUAUUGUUUUUCCUAAUUUUUUUGUUUUACCAACACCUCUCAGUUGGAUUAAGCUGUUAAAAGCUACCUAGUAGUUAUGAUGGUGUUAACUAUACAAGACUUCUUUUGCAUACAUGCAUGUGUGUGUUGUAAUAUAUUUUCUUUUCCUUCAUUCACAUAUCCUAAACAUUUGAUUUUGUUGAUCUUUUGAAAAAAGAAUUUCUCAUCAAACACACCUACACUGAUCAGUUGUCAUUCACAUUUCCUGUCCUGAUUCACUCAUGCGUCUUCUCUCUCCUUCUCUCUCUCUCUCUCUCUCUCUCUC